AUGAAAACUUCGUUAGUCUAUCCGUCAGAAAAAGGAGGCGGAAUUGGGCCCUCGAGGAAGUACCUCGAGAAACCACGUAGAAAAUCAACGUCGGAUGUUGGCACCCAAACCCUUGGGGUCAGCAACGUCGAGAAAUCCCAUUUGUGCAGUGAAGAAGGAUGCACGAACGUAUGCCAGUCAUUAUUCAAACGGGGCAAAAGGAUUUUUGAUAUUCUUGCAUAUUUUCGUCUUGCACUUGCUUUGACCCUAUACAUCCUCAUCCUGGUGGACGUGAUUCACAUUCUUACAAGGAUAAGGAAGGAAUUUUGGGUGGAAUGCUUGUUGCAGGAAACCAACUUUCCAAGGGCGAUCAAGAUAUAUAGGGCAAGUCGCAAAUGGGAUGAGCAAGAGUAUCCGUCAGAUGUUAAGGAGGCGCAAAAACGCGUGGGCAGAGCAUACGAUUGGUAUACAUAUGAGGGAAAGAAGGAUCUUAUUUGCCCUCCGGCAACAUUGUUGAUAGUCCUCACAUUUUGGAAUAUAGGAAGUUUUUUGCAGUAUGGCAUUUGUGGUGAGUGA